AUGCGUAUCAACUCUGUUGCUGCCGCCCUCGGUGCGGCCAUGCUGGCUGGCAAGGCCUAUGCUGAGGAUGUCCAGGAUGACAGCGCGGCUGCAGCCGCUUCCUCCGUGGCCCCGGAGCUGCCGACGUUCACGCCCACGAAACUCAAGGCCGACUUCCUCGAGCAGUUCACCGACGACUGGGAGAAGCGGUGGAAGCCCUCCCACGCCAAGAAGGACAUGAAGAGCUCCGGCAGUGAGGAGGAGGAGUGGGCUUACGUCGGCGAGUGGGCCGUUGAGGAGCCUACCGUCUACAAAGGCAUGGAGAACGACAAGGGUCUCGUGGUCAAGAACAAGGCGGCUCACCACGCCAUCUCGGCCAAGUUCCCCAAGAAGAUUGACAACAAGGGCAAGACACUUGUUGUACAGUAUGAGGUCAAGCUUCAGAGAACCAUCGGUGGUGUGCGGCUGUGUGUGCAGGCGGAAGUCGCUUUUGCGCAAAAGCUAACGUUGCAACUAGACGGCCUGGAAUGCGGCGGUGCGUAUCUGAAGCUGCUCCGCGAUACCAAGGCGCUGCACCAGGACGAGUUCGCCAACACCACGCCCUACGUCAUCAUGUUUGGCCCGGAUAAGUGCGGCCACACCAACAAGGUCCACUUCAUCUUCAAUCACAAGAACCCCAAGACUGGCGAGUACGAGGAGAAGCACCUGAACAGCCCUCCCACUGCUCGCAUUGUCAAGACCACGGAGCUGUACACGCUUAUUGUCCACCCCAACAACACCUACAUUAUCCAGCAAAACGGCGAGAACGUCAAGGAGGGCAGCCUCCUGGAAGACUUCACCCCGGCCGUCAACCCGCCCAAGGAGAUUGACGACGCCAAGGACACGAAGCCGGAGGACUGGGUUGAUGAGGCUCGCAUCGCGGACCCCGAAGCCAAGAAGCCCGAGGACUGGGAUGAGGACGCUCCGUUCGAGAUUAUCGACGAGGAGGCCACCAAGCCCGAGGACUGGCUCGACGAGGAGCCGCUGACGAUCCCCGAUCCCGAGGCCCAGAAGCCCGCCGACUGGGAGGACGACGAGGACGGUGACUGGCUGGCCCCCACGGUGCCGAACCCCAAGUGCGCCGAGGUGUCUGGCUGUGGCCCGUGGACCAAGCCCAUGAAGAAGAACCCUGACUACAAGGGCAAGUGGUCUGCGCCUCUCAUCGACAACCCGGCGUACAAGGGUGUCUGGGCCCCGCGCAAAAUCAAGAACCCCGCCUACUUCGAGGACAAGACGCCCGCCAACUUCGAGCCCAUGGGCGCCAUUGGCUUUGAGAUCUGGACCAUGCAGAACGACAUCCUCUUCGACAACAUCUACAUCGGCCACUCCGUCGAGGACGCCCGCAAGCUGGCCGAGGAGACCUUCUUCGAGAAGCACUCUGUGGAGCAGCUGCUUGAGCUGGCCGACAAGCCCAAGGUUGAAGAUGAGAAGAAGCCUGUGGCGUCGGACCUCAAGUUCCUCGACGACCCGAUUCUCUUCGUCAAGGAGAAGAUCAACGCGUUUAUCGCCAUCGCCUCGGCCGACCCUAUUGAGGCCGUCAAGCAGGUGCCCGAGGUUCCUGGCGGUAUCGCUGCCCUUGUUCUCGUCCUGCUUUCUGGUCUGUUCGUCCUCGGCGGCAGCGCUCCUGCUGCUCCGGCCGGUAAGCCGGCUGCGACCCAGAGCAAGGGUAAGGACAAGCAGGAGGCUGUGGUCGUUUCGGGCGUCGACACUGGCAAGGAGGGUGCCACCAAGCGCGCGACACGCAGCCAGUCCUAA